GAAUCAUUGCAUUUCAGGGUUAUAAGAAAAUGAAAGCACUCCCCUUUUUGGUUAAAACCCCAAAUUUGGUCUCUCAACAGUUCCUCAACUUAAAAAUCCUUCAUUUAAUCCCUAAAAUUUGACAUUUUGGCUUUUCUGUCCUCCGUUAACUAUUUGCUUACGUGUCGUUAACUAUUUGCCUAUGUUUCUUGUUACCUAACGGAAAACAACUUUUUUUCUUUUUACAUAAACAUGAAAAUUAUCUCGAGAUGGUACCACACGAUUUAGUGUUAUACAAUUAGACUCUGAUGGGCACUUAAGUGCCUUCUGGCAAACAACAUCAGAGUGGGAUAAAGCCUAUGAUUUGUUUGAGGGCCUUGAUUCAUGUAGUUACCCGUUGGUGUGCGGAAAAUAUGGAAUUUGUUCAUCGGGAGGAUCCUGCAGCUGCCCAGAAGCAGAUAAAAACAGAGUUACAUAUACGUAUUUCAGGCAGAUAAAUUCUUCACAGCAAAAUUUUACGUGUUCUCCAUAUAAUCCAGUAUCUUGUGAGUCUCCUAACCAAAGUCUUCUUGAAGUCAAUGACGUUGAUUUUUCUCUCACCGAUUUGAUGCGAGGUAAUUAUCAUAGAACAAGCAAAGAGAGCUGCAAGCAAGGCUGUUUAAAGAACUGUUCUUGCAAGUAUGCUCUUUUUAUAGAUGAACAUGAUAGUAAUUUCUCAUCCCUUGGCCAGUGCCUUUUUAGAUCUGAAGUUUUGUCAUUCAAGAGAGUGGAUACAUCUCACAAUCAAUCUCUCUUUUUAAAGGUGCAAAGUUUUCCAAGUGCACAGAUUCAUCCAUUGCCAGUUUCACCUAAAAAAGGGAGGAGACAGAAUGUUGGAGUUAUACUUGGAUCCAUUCUUGGAGCCUCUUUUAUUGUGCUUGUUAUUAUCUGCAUCGUGUCUUUCCUAGAAAUUAAAAAGGAUGGGAAGGAUGUUGAGGAGGAUUAUCUGGGCCACAUAUCAGGAGCACCCUCAAGAUUCUCUUAUGAAGAAUUAAAGGGUGUAACUAACAACUUUAACAACAAGCUUGGUGAGGGAGGAUUUGGUUGUGUUUUUCAAGGAAAAUUACGUGGUGGUGCUCAAGUUGCUGUGAAGUACCUUGACGGUUUUGGUUUUGUAAAGAAGUCAUUUGUAACUGAAGUUGAGACCAUAGGAAGCAUUCACCAUUUCAACUUGGUACGGUUAAUUGGAUUUUGUGCUGAGAAAUUCCGCAUGCUUUUGGUUUAUGAGUACAUGUGUAAUGGGUCAUUGGAUCAGUGGAUCUUCUGCAGUGACAAAAAGCUUUCUCUUGGUUGGCGGUGCAGAAGGAAGAUCAUUCUAGACAUAGCCAAGGGUCUAGCAUAUCUUCAUGAAGGAUGCAGGCAGAAAGUAAUUCACUUCGAUAUCAAACCCCAAAACAUCCUUUUGGAUGAGAAUUUCAAUGCCAAGGUUUCUGAUUUUGGGUUGUCUAAGCUAGUAGGAAGAGAGCAAAGCCAAGUUGUGACAACAAUGAGGGGAACACCAGGAUACAUGGCCCCUGAGUGGUUGAACUCGGUAAUCACAGAAAAGGUAGAUGUAUACAGCUUUGGUAUUGUUGUUCUGGAAAUUUUAUGUGGCAGAAAAAAUGUUGAUCGAUCCCUUCCAGAAGAGGAUGGCCAUUUGGUAAGUGUUUUUAAGAGAAAGGCUGAGGGUGGUGAACUUCUGGAUCUAAUGGAUAGGUACAAUGAGGAGAUGCAAUCAAAUGCAGCAGAGGUAAUGGAGACGAUGAAAGUUGCGGCAUGGUGUUUGCAAAGUGAAUAUGCGAAGAGGCCUUCAAUGUCCAUUGUGGUGAAGUUCCUAGAGGGCAAAAUGGAUGGUGAAAAUGAGUGUGAUUUCUCAAAUCCACCAGUUCCGGCUGAAGUAGGAACCAUCGGACACCCAACGGAUACAGCUGCUUGGAUUUCAUCUAUUUUAUCUGGUCCAAGGUGAUGAUGAUGUGGGGAAGAGAGGACAUUAAAUGAUUUAGCUCUUGGCUUCAUUUCUUCCUGCCAAUUGCUUCAAGUAUUUGAGAAAGACUUGACCACCCGAUUAGCACGUUCAGGAGUACAGACUGACUCUGAAAAGCUAAGUCCUUUCCUUGUGUCCUUUUUUCUGUCCAUUGUAAAAUUUUCAUUUUUACUUUGUAGAGAGAUUAGUUGCAGUACUUUUGGUUCAUGUUGAUUCUUAGUUUAAUUUCUGCAAUGUACUAUUAGCUGCUUCAAAUUUGUGUUGCACCUCUAAUAAUUUAAUUCUAGACAA